AUGCAAGCCAGGCCCAUCCGCAUUCCAACCGUAAGCAAUGACACAGACUGGGACUUCUGCUUCCACCUGUCAGAGCAAACCAGGAUCCCAGCACACCAACAAACAGAUGAAUUAUGUUCCACUUGUGAGUCUGGAGAAAGUGAAGAAGACACUACAGUCCAGGAAGGAGAGAAGGCCAUUGAUCAUAUGUCUCUUCCCAGAGAAAAAUUAGCUCAGUCACAGAAGAAAAUAACUCACCUGAUUAAGGAAAAAAUGAAUAUCCAAGCAAACAAGGAGCUGAUUCGAUGUGUUAUCCUUUCUCAGAUUAUUUUUGGGGAACAACAUUGGAAAUGUGCACAGGCUUUGGCCAACCUGGCUUAUGGCUACCUGACACUGAGAGGCCUCCCAGCUCAGGCCAAGAAACAUGCUGAGUCAGCCAAGAAUAUACUGUUGACCUGGAAAGGAAACCUGACCUCAGACGAGGAGAAAAAGGAAAUCCUAGAAGUUCUGGUCAUACUCUACUACACACUGGGAGUAGCCUGGCUCCUACAGAACCAUGGAAAAGAGGCCUAUUUCCACCUGCAGAGGGCAGACAGAAACAUGAAGGAGCUGAAAGAAUUAAAUAAGGGAAGCGAUUGUGGCGUUCAAAUCUCAGAGAAAGACCUAACAAUUGCUUUGGGCAGAGCCUCCUUGACCAUCCACAGGUUAAACCUAGCUCUUACAUACUUUGAAAAGGCAAUUGAUAGCGUUAUUGCUGCCAAGGGUGAUAGCACGUCAGAUCUGAUCAGUCUCUACGAGGAAAUUGCUCAGAUUGAACAGCUGAGGAGGAACCAUGGGCAGGCCAUCCGGUAUUUGAAUCAGCUGCUGUUGAGAUAUAUUUUAUAAAAAGUAUCAGUGCAUAUAAAGCAACAUUGGGCUCAGAGGAUUAUGAAACAUUAGCCACUAUUGAAGACUUUUGCAAAUGGCUUGUUCAAAAUGGAGAGAAACAGG